CUUCGACCCGUCCAUCCACCGCCUUCAGAUGCACACGGCCAUUCACGAGGGGAAGAGGCGGGCGUACGCACAGGCCAAGGAGCGCUUCGACGACGGUAUCGCCCGCCUUCCCCCAGGACGCCAACGAGCUGCUCGGCGCGCGCAGGAGGCCAAGAUGCACGCGUGGCUCACGGCCAUGCCGUCGUGCAGCGAUCAGACCGACCUCAGCGGCGAUGCUUUUCGGGACGGCCUGGCGGUUCGCUACGGGUACCGCCCACCCAACCUCCCCUCCAGCUGCCCAGGGUGUGGUUCCGCCUUCACCCUCACCCUGCCCUGGACUGCGCGAAGGGCGGGCUGAUGAUACAGCGGCACAACGAGCUGCGGGACGUGAUCGGCGACGUCGGCAGGAUGGCCUUUGGGGCAGGGAGCGUCCACAAGGAGGUGGUGUUGAAGGAGGGGGAUGGGCAGGGGAGGGAGGGGGUCAGGACGGACCUGGUGAUUCGAGGUGUGUGGGACCGCCAGAGGGAUGCAUCGUUCGACGUGUGCGUUACUAACGCUGAUGCUCCCUCUUACGGCAACCGCCCCACGCGAUCCAUCCUGGCGACGCACGAGCGCAGAAAGAAGAACAAGCAUGUGCGCGUCUGCGAGGACCUGUCCAUGACCUUCACCCCUCUGGUCGUCACCGUCGAUGGGGUGUGGGGGAGGGAGGCGGAGCACUUCUUCACCCGCUUGACUGAGCAGCUGUUGACGAGGCAGGGGUGGUCAGAUAGGGGGCGAGGGCGGGUGCAUGGGUGGCUGCGUGCUCGUUUGUCUGUUGCAUUGGUGCGGGCUGCUAGCCUGGACGGGGCUGGGGUGUUCUCAUCGGAUGAGUGAGCGUGCCCUUUGUGCAUAGACAUAUCUGGAUAGAUUCAUGGAGGCGAUUUGGACAAGCGAGUGCAUGGAUGCCAUCUGUCAAUUAUCUCUUCCCUCGCUGCUGUACGAACAGCAUGUCUUAGAUCAGUGGGCGCUCGACGUCGAGCUCUCUGACUAGCCUGUGGGUGUCGUGCCUAUGUCUGGCUGUCAUUCUCGUAUAUCGCAACCGGUGUCGACAGCGAUCUUUCUGACCAUCAUAGGGUGGCACGUGCGUGUCGAGUGGGUGGGUGGGUGGGAUGGGGAGACAGGCCGUGUGCAUGCUUCUGUGCAUGUGCAUGCUGCUAGUUUAGUGCGUGACCUGGACAGGAUCCCCUCGGGGUUACAGACACGAGUCUCGUUAAACACAAUAACCAACCAACCAACUGCACAACGCGCGGCAGCACCAUGGUCUUUUCUUUGCGCCUCCUGCUUGGUUUCUCUGUGUUGUGUGUGCAGCUACUUGGACUCAGACUUGAAGCAGCAGAAUCAGCUGACGGUGUUAUACUAUGUGUGGCCGCCGCUCAUGCAGGUGCAGCUCCAGACCGACUGCCGUGUCCGGGCCAAGCCAUAUGACCAAGACAAUGACGCCGACUCAGUGUCCUUCCUGAUUGAGAAGGACAAGGACGGCCGACUGAUAGCCGAAUACCCGAGGAAGCUGUGGGUGCUGGUCGGCGAUGACUCGGACGUGAAGCCGGAGGAGGCCCUCAGGUUGCGCCUCGAGAAGCAGGUUGGUGGCGCCACGCCAGAGGGGUGACAGACGACGCGUUCUUCCUCUAUGUGUGUGUGUGUGUUUAUGUGUGUGAGCAGGCCUUGAGACACGGCUGCGCAGUGGACAACUUCGAUCGCUGGCACUUCUACAAGUACGACAACAAGACGUACGACAAGGCCGGCGAACUGGUGCACGUCAAGACACUCGAACUGAAGGAUGAGUCGCAGGCGAUAGUGGACUCCAUUAUGGAGCUGCUUCAUCGAGAUGACACACGACUGCCGCUCCAGCGGUGGGACGACGCCUUGUAUCACAACUUCGGUGUGUACCCAGGCACACUCACACACGCGCACAUACACACACGAGUGCAUCACACACACAUUGGGUUCUUCUGGUCUGCUGCUGUCAAUCCAUUCCUGCCCAGAUGAGGACGAUGAAGAGGCAUGAAUGUCAUAUUGUGUAUACCGAGAGGAAGGCGUCGACUUUUUCGUUGGGCGAAGGGCUUCUACCAUGUGAGGCGGCGGAUGAAUGACGAUCGACGAUAAUGACAACGGCACAGGUCGGUAAGCGGGUGAUUGUGGGGCACAUGAGGACUGCGGCAAAAAUGUGUUGACUCUUAAUGUGUGCGUGCACGUGUGUCAGAUUAGCAGCUGCUGGUGGCGGUGAGGCGGUGCAGCUCAUCGAUCCAGCAGCCAGGCAGCCAGCCGCAGAUCCAGGAGGGGAG